UCAAUAGUGAAGUGUUUUAUCAUAUCCCUCAACACGUGUAAUACAUUGCCAGCCUUUGGCAGUACCACUUAAUGCAGCUUCUGUUUCUCGUUCCUCUUUGAUCGUUGUAAAGUUUUAGAGAUAUAUAUCCUUUGUUAAAAAAUUAAAGAAGAUGAGCAUGAGUAAUGAAGAUAGACCCGUAACAUAUGGGGACGUGUUUUCGGUGUCAAGCGAACUUGGUUCAGAAAUUAUAGCGCCAGAAGAUGCAGCAAUAAUGCAAUCAGCAGAGAGUAUAGCACUCGGUCAUGUUCCGGGAGGCGGCCCUGCAUCACUCAUGCAGUCAGCCGCCUCACAGAAUGAGCGUAUUGGUGUUGUAGCUACUAAUGAUUUCGCCAGAGAACACGGCGUUACCGUUUCUCAAGUUGAAGUUGGGGGUACUCGCGUUGUUUCUGAAUCCGUCAGUGGAGAGGUAGUUGCACAAUAUAUUUAUCCAUCAGAAGCAGGAGGAGGUGGAGAUGAUGAAGAGAGAUCAGCACGAUAUCCUACGACAGGAGUUCAAGAGGAGGCAGUUACGGUAGGUGAAGCACUAGAGGCGGUGGCACUUAAGCCUGCAGGGGACAAACCAAUUGAGCAGAGCGACGCUGCAGCAAUACAGGCUGCAGAAGCAAGAGCUACUGGACGAAGUGAAGUAGUGCCAGGAGGCGUAGGAACGGAAGCUCAACGUGCUGCUUCGAUAAAUGCUCAAACAGAUGACAAGACCACACUUGGCGAUGUGCUAAGAGAUGCAACGAGCAAGCUUAUAGAUGAUAAGGCAGUGAAGAAGGAAGACGCAGAAGGCGUGGUGGGUGCUGAAAUAAGGAAUACGCCCGACUUGGCUACACAUCCGGGAGGUGUAGCAGCCUCCAUCACCACCGCAUCUGAUCUCAACAAAUUCUAAUGAGUUGAGAUUUGAAGUGAGUGUUUCUGUUUUGGUUUAUGGUUUUUUGUUGUAGGUAGUUGAGUGCAGUG